ACUUCUAUGUCAAACCUUCCACGUACCAGAAAUCACUUGAUCCUCUCCUUGGUAAUUACGUUUCGAAAAUGAUGUUGAUGAUAGUGGGUAGAUACUAAAAUUGGAUUGGGACAUCAUAUCCAAUACGUAGGUUUAAGAAAUUUCCGACAGAUUCUCCUUGUAGGUUUUCUUCUCGCAUACACCCAGUCCUCCGCAUCAGUCCCUAACCAAGAUAAUAGUCGUCCUACAUCACCGGGAUACUCUAUAGCGUAACAUUCACUAUGAUAAAAAUCUCCAUCCUACUCCUCUACCGUUCUAUAUUUCCCAGCAAAACAAUGACACUAGCCACCAAUCUCGUCUCCAUUUUUGUCUUGCUUUGGGGAAUAUCGACACUAGUCGCCAGCAUAUUUUCCUGCAAACCCAUCAAUGGAUAUUGGGAAUCGGAUAUUAUGCCGAAAUGUAUAAAUUUCAAGUGGUUUUUUGUAGGGAAUUCUCUUACUAAUAUUAUGGCGGAUAUUGUUAUUUUGGGUUUACCGAUGCCUCCUUUAUGGCAUUUGAAAAUGUCGAGACGUUUAAAGACUGCUGUUUCGGGAAUGUUUCUUUUGGGUGGUUUGUAAGUCUGGACUACGCAGAAAUCAUUUGAGAUCAUGGCAUACUAAUCGGGACUUUUAGUGUUGUUAUUGCAAGUGGCUUGCGAGUAUAUUUUGUGUUGAAAAUGGACGAUGCGGAUAUGACAUGUGAGGAAACUUGGUAUAGUGAUGAAUUUUACUGAUAAAUUGUAGGGUCUUAUGUCGGUAUGGGUCUUUGGACUGCUGUUGAAAUAGAUGUAGCAGUCAUUAGUGCCUGCUUGCCAACGCUUCGUCCCGUGGUAACCUAUCUUGUACCAUCGAUCUUAAGGAGUAAAAAUUCGGAUACGGGACCAAUGAAAGAAUCAAAGGAACCCGUAUAAAUCCAUAUGGAAGGCGUGGAGACGGAUAUAUCAUUGCCAGAAUACUCGAUCGAGUCUAUGGAAAAUGGAUAACAGACUACUUGGACUGCGGGUUUACAACGAAAGAAAGAUAAGGAUAUUGGAUGAAGGAGAUUCAGACAUUCAAGUAAGGCAGUGUAAAGCAAUGUGAAAUUUUCGAAGGAUAAAGAAUGCAAGCCGAUUUUUCGGAGCGAAGGAUUGAUUAUUUUAUCUCAAGUUGUCCUCCAAGAGAAAAGUGUGGAUGGCGGACGGAAUUCAUGUGGUUAUUCUUGAAAGGAAGAAAAUGACCUUGUACCAAAUAAGUCUUGAUGAUCAUUUCAAUAUAACGAAUUAUGAUUCUAAAGAUGCAGUUCCUUGUAAACAACAAUAGAGACUAUGUAUGAAUGAUAUAUUGACAGAAACCUAGUCCAUAUGUGCGCAGUUGUAACUGGAGAAACCAAUGCACAUACGGUUUGAAGGAAUGAAUGAGUACAAUAAAUACGAUAAGAUGAGUCCGGGGAAAUGAACACAUUUGAAGACUUUUUGUUUAAGAAUGAUGACUCAUGGGGAUGCUAGAAUUGAAGAUUCCCUAUGUGAAGUGGCCUUGGUUCGAAUAGAGAAGGAAGGAACGAGAGGGGUAAUUCCUAAGUAGCUUCUAAUUAACACUAACUUAGCGUAAAAAGAAUAUUCGUUAUCUGGAACCUCAUUGUCGACACAUCGCAGAGUUGUUAAUUCCUUAAUUCCUCAGAGAGAGAGAAGGUUUCGUAUCUCGCUCAAAAUGAAGCCAUGAUUGAGGAGAGUAAUCGCGGGGAUAUAUUUUGGCAUAAAUGCUUUAUAUAUAUACGACGGCCACUCUUGAAGCUCGAACCGGUGAUGAAUCCAAAGUUGUUUUCGUUUCCUUCUCCAGCCUGGGUAUAUUUACAAGACCUUCAGGAUUGAUGCAAUACAAUAGUUGUAAAUCAUCUCCAAAGGAUUUGCGACAUUUAUUUGCAUCAAUUGGAUAGACUUGAUUAUUCGACGAACAUUAUGGACUUAAUGUUCUACACAAUUUUAUUGCUUGGGAGGAAGAGUGAAAGUAGAAUGGAAGACGCACAACUUCUUUGUAUUUGACUACCCAGAAAAGCAGAGAUUUA